AUGGCAGAAUAAAAAAAGAGAUUGAAUUCUUCUAUGACGUAUGAAGAAUAUGUGAGUAUUUUUGAAAAAGAACCAAAGAAACCUACUCUAAAACCAAAAUUAAAUCCAGAUCUUGUCAUGGAUGACUUAGAUCUUCUUAGUGAUGCUACUACCACUGAUAAUCUAGAGUACUUCUAUACAGAAAUUAAUGAUAAAUAGGAACUAAAGUAAGUUCUAUUCUAUGGACAAUCUUAAAAAAGAUAAAGAACUUAUAGUGAAAACAUUUCAUAUACAUUCCUUAGUUUUAUAUAGAAAAAAAUUGAAAGAAAGUAAUCAGAUUGA